AUGUCGUCUUCUACCCAAGAGGAGAGACUUGCGACCCGUCAGUCCCUCGGUAAGACCUGCGUCCGCCGCCCACCAUCCGCGAUUCCACCGAGGAUUCCCGCCCGCAAACCACCGUCCAAAGAACCACUUUGGCAGAUUCCAAUUUCCGGCUCCUGCGAUACACAUGGAUUUGAUGCAUGCGGUUCAGUCAUUAAUGACUCGGCGUCCAAUUUAAUCCCCGAGCGUCAGGCCCUCCGUGAUCUCGGAGCAACUUGCGAAGAGGCCCCCCGGUAUGCCCCUUACGGGCUGGGGGCUGGCCACGAUCAAAACCGAGACGCUGAUUGGAUUUCAGCACCAGGCUCCAUCGAGUUGCCGAUCAUGAUUGGCUCCGAUGCGCCGCCGGCUGGGGCGGUAGAGCGGCGCUUCGGCGGCCUGAUUUGUCUCCGUCGGUAUUGGCGAUCCAAAGUUACUUCAAACAGCGAAAAAGCCGACCUGCACAAAAAAAGAGCGGGCCUCGCUCUUUCGAACUCGCCAACCCUCUCCCCUCUACCGUGCCAGCACCUCGAGACAUUCGAGAUGGCAGACAGCGGCAAGUUGCUGGAGGCCCCAGCCGCUCACCCGCGGGUGGCGCCCGUAUCGACACCUGCGAAGUCCAAGUCGAAGAAAGUGCAUUACCCAUUUUGGUUUGGGGGUUCGGCGUCAUGCUUCGCUGCUGGCGUGACGCACCCAUUAGAUCUGGUCAAGGUUCGGUUACAAACGCGCGCACCCGAUGCUCCGAAGACGAUGGUGGGCACGUUUGGUCAUAUCUUGAGGAAUAAUGGCUUUUUGGGAUUAUACAAUGGUCUCUCUGCCGCUCUUCUACGUCAAAUCACCUAUUCGACGACAAGAUUUGGUAUCUACGAAGAACUCAAAUCCCGCUUCGCCACACCCUCUCCGGACUCUUCCUCUACCUCGCCCGGUUUCUUUACUCUGCUUGGCAUUGCCUGUGCCUCGGGCCUCAUUGGUGGGUUUGUCGGUAACCCUGCCGAUGUGCUCAACGUGCGAAUGCAGUCAGACGCCGCUCUGCCUCCUGCACAGCGUCGUAACUACCGCCAUGCCUUCCACGGCUUGGUGCAAAUGACCAAAACCGAAGGGGUUACCUCACUUUUCCGCGGUGUUUGGCCGAACUCGACACGUGCGAUCCUCAUGACGGCCUCGCAAUUGACCUCGUACGAUAUCUUCAAGCGCAUGUGUAUUGAACAGAUUGGCAUGGGCGACAACGUUGGCACUCACUUCACUGCCUCUUUCAUGGCUGGCUUUGUCGCUACCACCGUUUGCAGCCCCGUCGACGUGAUCAAGACCCGUAUUAUGAGUGCAUCCCCGGCCGAGAGCCGUGGCCACAGCAUCGCUGGCCUGUUGCGGGAUAUCUGCCGCAAGGAGGGUCUUGCUUGGACUUUCCGUGGUUGGGUACCCAGCUUCAUUCGUCUGGGUCCUCACACCAUCGCCACCUUCCUCUUUCUUGAGGAGCACAAGAAGCUCUAUCGGAAACUGAAGGGUAUCUAA